ACAGUGAGUUCUGUCAGUUUUCUAUCCAGCUUGCAGGUAAAGGGUUACAGAUUCUAGGAAGUAUUAAAUGCAAACUUUAAAGGAUUUUAUUUUCAUCUACAGUCACAUGAUGCCUUAAUACCCAAUGACACUAACUACAGUGUCUCAUUAAGAGGUCAUGCAAACUCCCAAGCUAAACAAGGCAUUCUUACAUAUUUAACAUUCAAAUGCAGAAGCCAAGCUAAGCCAUGGAAGAUUGUAAUCAGGAAAAGCUGCACUUCCUGAUCCACACAAAAGCUACAGGUACUUCCUUUGACUUCCAGGAGGCCUGAAAAUCUCCUUAUGGGAGCAAGACUGCAAUUGAUUGCCACAAAGCUUUCCAUGAAUGGCCUUUUUGAGGCAUCCAGGUUAUUUUGGAAUGUGAAAGCCACUUGCUGCUUGGAUCCAUGACAACCAUGUAGACACUACUCUCUUUAACAAUCUGCACCAGCAUGAUUAAGGAAAAUCCAGAUGGGGUGCAGAUGCUGCAAAAUGAUACGAAGCUAUAUCUUUGAUCCAGAAGAAGUACAAUCAUCUGGAUGCAUUCAUGAAGUAAACAGCUAUAAAUACAAUGAACAAGGCAGCAAUAAAUCCAAAUUCAAAGAGAAUAGUGAAAAUGAAGAACCCAAAAAUGAACUCCAGAAGGAUGAGGUAAACAAAACAGAAAAUAAAAAUCCAGUAAACAGUACAACAGAAACUCUCUGGAAUCACAGAGGCAAUGAUUCUCAAGAGGAUGGCCUUGUGAAGUGCAGUGCAAAGCUUCAUGUUGAAGUCAAUGGUGGCAACUCCUGUGCUCAGGACUCCAUGCUCAACCCCAACACGAGCCCAGUGAAAGAAACCAGUGAAAAGGGAACCUCCAGCCAGUCACAGGCUUCUUCAGCCAGCAAUACAGACUUUUACACCAAAUCAAAUAGGUCUGGACAAGAACUUGACCUAGAGACAGGCAGUCAGAGUAAGGCAGCCAGCAAUGUGCCUAACAGUAUUCCAGACUCCCAGUCUGCAGAAGACAGCAUCUUUCUCAAAGGAAACUCAAUACUGGAGACAGAAAACAAUGCCAUAAGACUGCCAGAUAUUGAUUGUCCCCAAAAUGGUGAUCAAACUGGGAACUAUGUUGAAAAAGACAGCUUUUCAGUGAACUCCGCACAUUCAGACCAAAACACUAGUGCUUCAGCCAUACAAGACCAGGACCUUUGCGCAAUCCCACCUUCACCAGUGAAAGAGAGCGGUACUGAACCUUUUAAAACUGACUCUGCAAGUUUGAGUGAGAGCCUUACUGGUGGUAUCACUGCUGUUACCAAAGUCACACAGGCACCCACAUACACCAACCAUAAAGAUGCCAAUGGAGGAAUUGAGGAGGAAGAUGCAGAAGUUGCAGCAGCUCUGGCUGCACUGGAAGCUGCAACAGCAGGAGCAGACCUAGAAGACGAUGACGAGUACUAGAUGGUUUGCUUCUAAUACACUGGAUAAGAUCCAGACAUUAUUUCUGGAUUGAUAUGAACAGAUAUACAGCACACAUGGAGAGCUGUUAUGAACAGCAUAUACAAAAGGAGUUGGGACUAAACGUCAGUCCCUUGAGCUGUUUCAAACAGGCUUUUAAUUUCUACUGCCUGAGGUACAGAAGUGCUCCCUUGACUAAUGGUAAUACUCUUCUCUAGGAGCCCAAGCAGGAGGGCAAAGCAUCAUUUCUUCCAUAUAGAAUAUUCAGUUGUACACCCACUUUGUCUGGACUCACACAAGUGUUUCCUUUUCUUCCUCAUGAGG